GAGAGUACAGAGGAUAAGGCAUGGGUGAGGUGGUGGAAGUAAGUUCAGUCCCAACUACACCGAGAGCCAACGUGGCGUCGACGACUCCACCCAUCUCGGCACCUCCCUCACAGUACCAUUCUCCGUCCCUGUCUAGAUCGCCUCUCCUCUCCGUCGAAACAACAGAGCAUAAAAGCAAGACCCCCAGACUCUCUCUAACUCCGCGCUUCAUCACCCCUCUGGGCAGCCCCAUAAGGAAGGCCCUUCACCUCACCAAGCUCGACCCACAAGACGCUUGGCUUCCCAUCACUGAAUCCAGAAAUGGAAACGCCUACUAUGCUGCCUUUCACGCUCUUACCUCCGGUAUUGGAAUUCAAGCCCUCAUUCUUCCCGUAGCAUUCACUGUCCUUGGAUGGAGCUGGGGAGUCAUAACUUUGACGUCGGCAUUCAUCUGGCAGCUGUACACCCUAUGGAUACUGGUCCAACUCCACGAGUCUGAAUCUGGAACGCGCUACAGCAGAUACCUCCAACUCUUCAAUGCAACUUUUGGUGAGAGGCUAGGGAAAUUGCUAGCGGUAUUCCCGAUCAUGUACCUAUCAGGGGGUACGUGUGUGGCCUUGAUCAUCAUCGGAGGCUCCACCAUGAAGCUCUUCUUCCAGAUAGUAUGUGGGGCCACAUGCCAUGCGAAGCCAUUAACAAACGUAGAGUGGUACCUGGUCUUCACCUGUGCUGCCGUCCUUCUAUCUCAGCUCCCAAACUUGAACUCCAUCGCCGGCGUUUCGCUUAUCGGCGCCAUCACGGCCGUCGGCUAUUGUACGCUGAUAUGGGUGGUGUCUGUCACCGAGGGCAGAAUGCCCGACGUGUCGUAUGAUCCGGUGAAGGCCAAAUCCGAGAUCGCCCGGAUUUUCGGGAUAUUCAAUGCACUCGGGAUUAUAGCUUUUGCUUUCAGGGGCCACAAUCUCAUACUUGAGAUACAGGCCACAAUGCCUUCAAGUGAAAAGCAUCCAUCGCGGGUGCCCAUGUGGAGAGGUGUGAAGGCUGCAUAUGCACUCAUUGCCAUUUGCUUGUUUCCCCUUGCAAUAGGCGGCUACUGGGCUUACGGGCACAAGAUACCUCCAAACGGCGGGAUGCUAACUGCACUGUACGCAUUCCACGGGCGUGAUACCUCAAGGGCUGUCCUUGGGUUAACAAGCUUAUUGGUGGUGAUUAACGCAGUGAGCUCCUUCCAGAUCUACGGAAUGCCCAUGUUUGACCACAUGGAGUCCCAAUACACCAGUAGGAUGAAGAAGCCAUUGCCGUGGUGGCUACGUGCAGUUUCUCGGGCCAUGUUCGGUUACGGUUGCUUCUUCAUAGCGGUCGCUAUCCCCUUCUUGGGAAGUUUGGCAGGUCUGAUCGGAGGGCUGGCUUUACCUGUAACCUUAGCUUACCCAUGUUUCAUGUGGGUGGUUAUUAAGAAACCCAUGAGAUUUAGCAAAAUGUGGUGCCUUAAUUGGGGGCUGGGACUCUUGGGAAUGGGUCUCAGUGGCCUUUUGGUCGCCGCUGGAGUUUGGAGUGUGAUUGAUACCGGCAUUAAAGUCAGCUUCUUCAAGCCUCAAUAAGCCACAGAAAAGUCAGAUAAUUAAGAAUAGGGUAGUUGACUUUUUAAUGUUUCUAUAGCUUGUUGCUAUAUAUGCUAUUAAUUCUAACAGAAGCAGAAGAAACAUUUGUUUUCAUAUGCUAUUAAUUCUAACAGAAGCAGAAGAAACAUUUGUUUUCACAUGCUAUUAAUUCAAAGUACUUUUUUUUUCUUCCCCUACAAAAAAUCUC